AUGGCCCAGAUGAAGAGCUUGUGUGACAAUAUGGGUUGGGAAGAACCGAAGAGGUACACCUUGGUACCAAUUCAUUCCCCCUGCAUUCUUCUUCAUUGGAGGUACCUAGCCCUAUUGAGUGAGGCGCUAAAUAGAGACCAGUUAACAGUUUUUCUCAGCUACGGAUGGAACUUUAUGUCAAGUUUGGACAAUCUAACUAAGUCAGAAUUUGAUUAUGCCAAAACAUAUUCUAUCUUGGCGUGUAUUCUGGCAGGAGAAAAGAUAGCUGACGAGGAAGAUGACCAAGGGAAUGAAGUGACCGAGAGAGAUCAAAGAAUAGUGGUUAGACGUUCUAGUGAACAGUGGGAGAAAUGUAAUACCCCGUGUAAACGGGCAAAAGUCACUUUCCACAACAUUCCUAUGGUUUAUGACGCCUUUGAUUCCCAUUUCCAUCUGGACCGAGCCAGCAACAAGAUUACAGGCAGUGCCACAGGAGUAACAAUCGAGGCAUGGUUGAGCCAACAAAUGGAGCGUCCACCAACAGUGCCGGUCAACCUCAAAGGUGGAUUAUUAAUCUUCUGUGAUCCGGACAGCUAUCCAGAUACAAUCCCUUUUGAUGGUAAAUGGAAAGUUUCAGUAGGACUCCAUCCUAAGGCAGUAGCCUCAACACCCCAGAAGAUGAAAGACAAGUUUUGGGAACUUGUUUCCAAUUCUCGACUGCAGUUGGAGAAGUGGGGCUGGACACGAGCAUGA